AUGCUUUCUUUCUUUCUUUCUUUUCUUUCUUUUUUCUUUUUCUUUUCUUUUCCCUCCCUUUCUUUCUUUUUUUUUUCUUUCUUUCUUUUUUCUUUUGCUUUAAUUUUGCUUUCUUUCCAUGUUUCAUUCUUUCUUUCUUUCUUUCUUUCUUUUCUUUCUUUUUUUUGGCCCUUUCUUUCCCUCCAUUCUUUUUUCUUUUUUCUUUCAUUAAUUUUGCUUUCUUUCCAUUCAUUUCAUUUUCUUUGCUUUCUUUCUUUCUUUCUUUCUUUUCUUUCUUUCUUUCUUUUUUUUUUGGAUCUUUUUUUUUCCAUGAUUCUUUCUUUUUCUUUUUUUUUCAUUAAUUUUUUCUUUCUUUCCAUGUUUCAUUCUUUCUUUGUAGCUUUCUUUCUUUCUUUCUUUCUUUCUUUCUUUCUUUCUUUCUUUCUUUUGACCCUUUCUUUCCUCCAUGAUUCUUUCUUUUUUUUCUUUCUUUCAUUAAUUUUUUCUUUUCUUUCCAAUUUUCAUUCUUUUCUUUGA